GCUCAAUCGAGGAUUUGUGUAACCUGGAACCCCGUUGAUAAAUGGACCUUCUAGCUCCUUGCUACCCGCUUCACCGGCGACCUGCAUUUCACGCGCCGCUAAACUUCCCUCGAAACUCCACUAAAUGCAGUCGCAAAACGACUUUUGAGCUGCAAGCAACGGACGCCGUCGCAGCUCAAAACGGUACCAGCAAUUCAAUCCCGAACAUUCCAACCCACAAAGUCACCGUUCACGAUCGCCAAAGCGGCGUUGUUCAUGAAUUUUUCGUCUCCGAGGAUCAGUACAUAUUGCACUCGGCUGAGGCUCAGAAUAUAAGGCUCCCCUUUGCUUGCAGGCAUGGAUGUUGUACUAGCUGUGCUGUUCGUGUAAAAUCAGGGAAAAUAAGACAACCAGAAGCUCUGGGGAUUUCAAAUGAACUGAAAAAAAAAGGGAUAUGCACUCCUAUGUGUGGGUUUUCCAUCAACUGACAUUGAAGUUGAAACCCAGGAUGAAGAUGAGGUAUAUUUGCUCCAAUUCGGAAGAUAUUUUGCCCGAGGACCUAUUGUAAGGGAUGAUUAUGCUUUGGAGUUAGCAAUGGGAGAUGAGUAAACUCCGGGUGCUUGAUUUCCGGAGAUGACAUGGAGUCCAAGAAAUGCAUGUACUUUUCAUUUUUGUAGGUAUGCAUUUUAACCCGCAUUCACACAUUCUCUUUUGAUGGUUUGUUAAUCUAUGAGGUAUUGUGGUUAUUUUGAUGGUACUGGCUGGCAAAGAACCAUGAGGAUGUAAACCAGCAUAUGUGAUGAAUCAUAAUUGACGGGUUCAGCCAAGCAGAUAAGUAGGCAGAAGUUGAAAUUUGUCCUUUUGAUUUAUUGAAUGGCGCAAAGGAAGCUUGGAUGAAGGGGCUUGCCAGCUCUUCAACCUAGUCCGUAUAGUGGGAUUGGAGUUUAUAUUUUUCACCUUGUCACCUUGAAUGGAUAUAUCCUUUUUUUAGAGGGGGGCACAUCUCAAUAUUACCAUAAUCGUGAGAGGAUGUUUCACAUCACCGGAUCACCCCAACUUAAUAAUGGUCUCAUGUAUUAAAUUUUAACUUUGUGCUAUCUCGUUGACAGAUGGGAGUGGUUAAGUGGAUCACAUCCUACACUUAAGAUUUCCAUUUGAGAGGUUUGAGUUCAAGUCACUAAGGAGGUGAGUUUAUUUCUCUAAGUGUUGAUUCUCUAGUUCUAAGGUUAACUCGAGUGUGCAAUGCAUCUAUGAAGAGCGGCUCUAAUUGUGUUAGUGUCUAUAAUGAAUUUUUUCUGUGUAAUACUAAUUGAUAGAAUCUCGUUGAUAAGUGCUAAAAUAUCUCCUAUAUUGGGGCAUCAUGGUUAUGGACC